UUCGCCCGACCGGGCGUUUUUCAUCCAACAAAACGCCCGACCGGGCGUUUGAAGCCUCAUCGCGAUUUACCCAGAUCGCCCGACCGGGCAUAUUCCGACUUACAGAUCGCCCGACCGGGCGAUUUGUCGCUGUUGCCAACUUUGCCUCUUUCUUACUCCGGAUAUAAAAGGGUUCUCACUCAUUUCCAAACCCUAACUCCCACACCACGAAUCUUAGCAAGAAAAUAAGGUUUUGAGAGGAUUUGAAGUCAAGGAGCUUCCCAUUUCCAAGAGAUUGGAGGAAGGAGACCCCCCACCAUCAAUUCCACCAUAGGGAGUUUUUUAUGCUCACGCGCUCAAGUCGUUUACCCCUUGAGCCGAUUAAUUUAGAGAUAGAAGCCGCCAAUAGAAGAAGAGGAGGACGAAGGAGAAGAGCAAGAGCUCAACAUCAAGUUGAGCCAAUGGAAAAUCCACAUGGGAACAAUGAGGGAAUUCCCCCUCCACCUCCACCUCUAUUAAAUCAAGACCAAAUCAUUCUCCAACUACAACAAGAAAUGGCGGAGAUGAGAAGGGAAAGAGAGGAGGAAAGGAGGCGAGAGGCUCCGGUUAGAGACGCAUUUGGGAACGUCAAUAUCCCACAUCCACCCUAUGAUACAAGGGUGAAUGCCAACAAUUUUGAGUUGAAGACAGGAUUGAUUCAAUUUGUGGAGCAACGUGUUUUCUCGGGAAGGCCCACGGAGGAUCCUAAUAGGCACUUAUCUAAAUUCUUAGAGAUUGCCAAUACAACUAAGCUUAAUGGGGUUCCCGACGAUACAAUCAAACUUAGGCUAUUUCCAUUCUCAUUGUCGGGAUAUGCUAGAGAUUGGUUUGAUAACCUUGAGCCGGGCUCGGUUACAAGUUGGGACGACUUAGCCCAAAAGUUUUUGGAUCGAUUCUUCCCUCUAAGCUCCACUCUCAACCUCCAAGCAGAGAUCUCCCACUUUAAAAUGAAGGGCCAAGAGUCUAUGUUCGAGGCUUGGGAGAGAUUCAACGCCUUGCUAAAGAAAUGCCCCAACCAUGGGUUAUCUCCGGGCCAUCAAGUGAGCCUCUUCUACAAUGGAUGCUCGGAGUUUAUCAAGAGUCAAUUAGACUUUGGUUCGGGGGGUUCAUUCUUGGACAAGGGGGUCGAGGAGUGCAAGAAGAUGCUUCAAAGGCUUGCCUAUACUAGCAAGGGUUGGAGCUCGGGCCGAGAUAGUUCAAUGCCGGUGGCUUCGGUUGUAUAUUCGGAUGCAUUCAAUCUUCUCAACCAACAAAUGAUGUUGUUGAAUCAAAAGGUGGAUGGCCUUAGUUUGGGAGUGGCACCUAUGGGAGAGCCUUUACAUACCGUGGAAGAUGUCAAUUAUGUGCAUCAAGGAGGGAAUCAAAGGAACUUCUACAACUAUCGCCCUAACAAUGGGGGUGGUAAUUACCAAGGCUAUCGCUCACCCUUCAAUGCACAUCCAAACCUUUCUUAUGGCAAUCCAAACAAUGCUAUCCAACCACCUCCACCACCUCAUUUCCCUACACCUAGUGGGUCGACAAGUGGGGCCGCUAAUGUGCCCACCAAUUCUAAACCUUCAAGUGAUGAUGUCACCCAUGAGCUUCUAAAAGCUCUAAUGGAGAAGACCGAUGGAAUCAUGACACAAUCUACUAAGAGAAUUGAUAAGGUUGAGACGGCGGUAGUGGAGGUCACCACGAGAAUGGGGGCUUUGGAGCAUCAAAUGAGUCAAAUUGCCCAAGCCGUGGGCCAACUUCAUCAACCGGGGCAAUUCCCAAGCAACACCAUUCCUAACCCAAAGGAUUGCAAGGCUAUCAAUUUGAGGAGUGGAACAAGCUAUAAGAGCCCCCCUAUGCCCGAAAAGGAAGCUAUUGUGCAACCCGAAGAAGAAGAGACAAUAGAAGUGGAGGCAUCAACGAAGAGCCCACCAAAAGAUCAAGCCGAGACAAUAGUUCCUCCUAAGCCCACGGAAGUUAAACUUCCUUUCCCUCAAAUGAUGCAAAAGAAAAAGAAGGAUGAACAAUUUUCAAGAUUUUUGGAUAUCUUUAGGAAAGUUCAAAUUAACAUCCCUCUUGUUGAAGCACUUCAACAAAUGCCAAGUUAUGCAAAGUUCCUCAAGGAUGUGGUAUCACAAAAAAGGAAAUGGGGGGCACUAUGA